UGUAUGUACCCGAUUUUAAUAAAUGUCUCGUAGCGUUUUAUUUAUAUAGUGCAUACACAACAUGCUUGGUAGUUUCUUAUCAAAGGCCUAGGACAAAAACGGAAUGAAUAACAGGGAGAUAAACUGACAGUAUAUUGCAGUGUUACACAUGGGAUCAGAUUCUGAGAGAAACUAUUUAGUGGUUGCUGCUAUAGAUUUCGGCACCACCUACAGCGGAUUCGCAUAUUCCUUUCGGAAUGACCCCCUGAAGAUUAACUCUCCCGGUGUUUGGUACACUGGGGAUUCAAACUUGGCGUCUUAUCGGACACCGACUUGCUUACUUCUCAAUCCAGACAGAACCUUUCAUUCAUUUGGAUUUAAAGCAGAGAAUAAGUACGCUGAGUUGUGUACCGACGAGACACAUCACGAGUUUUACUAUUUUGAAAAAUUUAAAAUGGAGUUGUAUAAUAAGCCAGUGAGGAGGGACACAGUAUUGCAAGAUGUUUCUACAAGAAACGUCCCUGCCCUUUUGGUGUUCUCAAUGUCUCUAAAGUAUCUGAAAGACGCAUUGGUAUCAACUUUAACCGAGAGAGGGACAGGUGUGGAUAUGGGUGACAUAAAAUUUAUUCUGACAAUCCCUGCUAUAUGGACUGACUCCGCCAAGCAGUUCAUGAGAGAGGCGUCCGUAAUGGCUGGUAUACCGAGCGAUCAACUCAUGUUAGCUCUAGAGCCGGAAGCUGCUUCUGUGUAUUGCUUAAAAGUUACAGCAGAAAACAUGCCAUGUGGUGAAGGGUCAAACAUUAAAACCCCAGGUCACCAGUAUUUAGUUGCUGAUCUAGGAGGUGGCACUGCGGAUUUUGGUGUGCACGAGGUGAAUGAGGAUGGUAAUUUGACAGAACUUUACUCGGCAAGUGGGGGCCCUUACGGUGGUGACUGUGUCAAUGUGGAAUAUUUGGAAAUGCUCGAGGUCUUGUUCGGAAAAGAGGCCAUUGAAAAUCUGAAAAAUAACGACCUUGAAGAAUAUCUUAUCACCUGUAGGGGCUUUGAAAAUAAAAAGCGAAUAGUGUCGGAUGAAUAUUGCGAAAACUUUAGGCUCAAACUGCCUGCUGUUUUAUUGGAAAAUUGUGAUUUCGAAACGCUGAAUAACAAAAUAAGUAGCUUUUAUGGCAAAGAAUUAGUCUCCUUACAGAAGGGGAAAUUAAAAAUCAGCCCUUCUUUAAUGAAAACAUUUUUCGAUAAAUCCAUAGGAAAAAUCAAGGAGCACAUAUUAAAUGUGAUCAAACUAAAUUCAAAAGUGAAAAGUGUCCUAUUGGUGGGUGGAUAUGGCGGAUCAAAUCUUUUACAGAGUGAAUUGAAGAGAACCUUUCCAGAGAAAACCAUCAUUAUGCCACAAGAUUCCGACUUAACAGUUGUCAAAGGUGCUGUACUGUUUGGGUAUUAUCCUGUCACAAUAUCCUGUCGAAAAAUGCGAUUUUCAUAUGGCGUAGAGGGUUAUGCUCCUUUCGAAAAAGGCAAACAUCCUGAGGGCAGAAAGAUAACAAAUGAAUUUGGCGAGGAAAGGUGUGAAGGGGCUUUUGAUCUGCUCAUAGCGAAGAACACAACGGUUCCAACGACUGGAUUGAAUAUUUCUCGAACAUACUGUGCUGCGACAUCAAAACAAAACUUUCAGUAUGUCGAUAUUUACUACACGGAAGAAGAAGAACCUGUUAUUGUGGAUGGGAAGUGUACAUUUAUGAAACGCAUAUUAAUUCCCCUUUCAAAAUAUUGCGGUUGGGAGAGAGCCGUUGUGCACGAUUUUACAUUUGGUAUGACAGAAUUGAAACAUCAAGCAAUGAUUCUCGAAACCGGAGAGUGUGUGUCAAAUACUUUUGAUUUAUUGUAGCUAAUAGAUGUAAGUUUUUAUCAUUAAGUAUGUACAAAUAUUCCAUAUGUAAAACUUAUACGGUACCAAUUUUGAUGCACCAGAUGCGCAUUUCGACAAAUAAUGUCUCUUCAGUGAUGCUCAACCGAAAUGUUUGAUAUCCGAAAUAACUAUGAAGUUUUAGAGCUAAAUAUAGCCAAAAAAGUGGAGCCAAAUUCGUCCAAGGAUAAGAGCUAUGCAUGAGGGAGAUAAUCCUUAAUUUUGAAAUGAAUUUCUAAAUUUUAUAACAGCAAUUAAAUAUACAUCCGUAUUUUCAAGCCAGUAACGAAGUACUUAGCUACUGGGCUGUAUCAAUCUAUAUGAUACACUAGUACUUUAACUGAAAUUAACAAAACCGCCAUAUGCAUACAUCAAAUAAUUUAUUGUCUUUAAGAAUAUACAUGUAUAUUACGAAAUAAACAAAUAUUUAGAUACAUGUAUACGUUAUAUAGGAACUUCUGAGAGAUUUGAUCAGCAAAAUAAAUUCAUACAUUCAUUCAUACAUUCACGUAUGAGAAAGUGUAACAGCAUCGUUUCCUAGGGUUUAAUGUUAAGGGUUCAUUUCAGUCAAGCAAGGUACAUGUACCCCUUCCCCAGGUUAGUCCAAGUGGGUGUUUUUUCUUCAAUGUUGAACAAUAUUGAUGACUUACUUGUUUUGCAUUCGAUAUGAAACGAACAAUAAAUCAAAAUGACAAUACCUAUUGGCGAAACUGCACGAAA